CGUAAGCGUAUGUAUUUAUUUAUUUACCAAAAAAAAAGUAAACUGGAUUUUCAACAGAAUUUUCUAUGCAAUUUAUAAUAAGAGAGGAGGGGCAUCAUCAACCAAACAAAACUGGAAAAAAUGGCGCUAAUAGUAUUCCACUCCUCAUCCACUCUUCUUCCCAAAGAACCCCAUCUCCAUCUCCACACUCCUCUUCUCCACUUCCCCACCACCAAACCCACACACCAAUUCCUAAUCAAAUCCCAAUCCUCCUCCUCCUCUUCCUCCACAGAACCUCCAAAACCCACCACCGACACUCAACCAAUUGAUGGGCCCAAAUCCGCUCCAAACUCACCUCCCAAAACACCCACCUCGACCCCUCAAGGGUUCGGCUCGAAAGCGAACCCAGUUGGUGCGAAGAAGAAACAGAGACGAGGGAGAGAGAGGGCCUCGGUUAUUCGUCGAACGCCGGUCGAAAAACCCGGGUUUGUUGCGCCCAAAGAAGGGGCGGCUCAGGCCAAGGAGCAGAGUACGGGUGAAAUUGAAAAUGCUUUCCUUCUGGCUUGGUUGGGGCUUGGUUCUGUUAUUCUGAUUGAGGGUAUUGCGCUGGCCGCUUCAGGCUUUCUACCAGAUGAGUGGGACAAAUUCGUGGUCAAGUAUGUAUACCCAGUUUUUACUCCAACUGUCUUCUUGUUUGUUGCCGGAACUGUUACUUAUGGAGUGCUCAAGUACCUGGAAAAUCAAAAACUGAAGCAACAAUGAUCUCUUUUAGAGGUAAAAAUGUUUCUGGGUUGUAAGAGUAAAAGCUUCUGUUCCAGAUGAUAUGUACAAUCAAAUAGUUUUUGAUCGUUUGUACAUUUUCUUGGGUGUCCCCUCUAUUUCUUUGGAGGAAGGGGUCUAA